ACGGCCAGACGCAGCCCGCCGCGAUGGACGAGCCGCGGCUGCUCAACGCGUCGCUGCUCUGCCGGACCGCGAACGGCUCGUCCCACCGCUCCGGGAACGGCACCGGCGGCGAAGCGUCCCGCGGGCCCGGAGAGCUGAACCUGGCGGUGCGGGUGCUGCUCUACUCGGCCAUCUUCCUGCUGGGCCUGUGUGGGAACGCCCUGGUCAUCGCGGUGCUGGCAGGCAACAAGCGCCUCCGGACCAUCACCAACUCCUUUCUGCUCUCACUGGCGCUGAGUGACCUGAUGGUGGCGCUAUUCUGCCUGCCCUUCACCUUCAUCCCCAACCUGAUGCAGACCUUCGUCUUCGGCAGGGCCGUCUGCAAGGCAGUGGCCUACCUGAUGGCGGUGUCAGUGAGCGUCUCCACCUUCAGCCUGGUGGCCAUCGCCAUCGAGCGCUACAGCGCCAUCUGCAGGCCCUUGCAGUCCCGCGUGUGGCAGACCCGCUCCCAUGCCUACCGGGUCAUUGCCGCCACCUGGGUGCUCUCGGUGCUGCUGAUGCUGCCCUACCCAGUCUACAGCACCACCCAGACCCUGCGCAGGCAGCCCCACCGCACCGAGUGCAGACACAACUGGCCUGGGCAGCACAUCCGGCAGGCCUGGUACAUGCUGCUGCUCAUCACCCUCUUCCUUGUGCCGGGCCUGGUCAUGAUCGUGGCUUACGGACUGAUCUCCUCCGAGCUCUGCAGGGGGAUCCAGUUUGAGGUGGAUCUCUCCCGUGAGGCCAAAGCUCAGCAGAACGGGGCCACCGCAGAGCUCCUGGCCGCUUGCGAUGAGGGUGAUGGCUGCUACGCCCAGCUGCCCCGGCCCACCGAGAGCCCGAUGGAGCUGCCGGCCUUGAACCCGGAGGACGGGACCCAGCGGGAGCGGGCCCGCGUCAACAGCUCGGAGGCCAAGCUGCUGGCCAAGAAACGGGUGGUGCGGAUGCUGCUGGUGAUCGUGGCGCUCUUCUUUGGCUGCUGGCUGCCCCUCUACGUGGUCAACACCUGGCGGGCCUUCGACCCCCAGGCCACCCACUGCGCCCUCUCAGGGGCCCCCAUCUCUUUCAUCCACCUGCUCUCCUACUCCUCCACCUGCACCAACCCCUUCGUCUACUGCUUCAUGAACAAGCGUUUCCGCCAGGCCUUCGCCUCCACCUUCGCCUGCUGCACCCUGCCCUGCCGGCCCCGGCGACGUCGUGCCCCCGAGGAGGAGGGGGAGGAGGCCAGCGCCACUGGGGCCUCCUUCUCCAAGUUCAGCUACACCACGGUCAGCAGCAUGGCCCCCCCCGAGCAGUGA